UAUAAUAAAAAAAAAGCAGCCCACCCACCCCCCCAUACACAUCCAGCCCCGGUUAUUUGAUUGAUUUUGGGUCCUCCCAGGGUCGAAAGAUGGCGGACCUCGAAGCAGUGCUCGCCGAUGUCAGUUAUUUGAUGGCGAUGGAGAAGAGCAAAUCUACUCCAGCGGCCCGGGCGAGUAAGAAAAUCAUCCUGCCUGAACCCAGUAUUCGCAGCGUGAUGCAGAAGUACCUCGAGGAGAGAGACGAACUGACGUUUGACAAAAUUUUCAACCAGAAAAUUGGCUUCCAGCUGUUUAAGGACUUCUGUCUGAAUGAGAUCGACGAGGCCGUGCCGCAGCUCAAGUUCUACGAAGAAAUCAAGGACUACGAGAAGCUGGACUCGGAGGAGGAACGGUUAAUCCGCAGCCGGCAGAUCUACGACGGAUACAUCAUGAAGGAGCUGCUGUCCUGUUCACAUCCCUUUUCGAAGACGGCAGUGGACCACGUGCAGAGCCACUUAGCGAAGAAACAGGUUCCCCCGACUCUGUUCCAGCCAUACAUCGUGGAGAUCUGCGACAGCUUGAGAGGGACCAUCUUCCAGAAGUACAUCGAGAGUGACAAAUUUACCCGUUUUUGCCAGUGGAAGAACGUGGAGCUCAACAUCCACCUGACCAUGAACGACUUCAGCGUGCAUCGGAUCAUCGGCCGGGGCGGCUUCGGAGAGGUGUACGGCUGCAGGAAGGCCGACACGGGCAAGAUGUAUGCCAUGAAGUGUUUGGACAAGAAGAGGAUCAAGAUGAAGCAGGGCGAGACUCUGGCGCUCAACGAGAGAAUCAUGCUGUCGCUAGUCAGCACGGGGGACUGCCCGUUCAUCGUGUGCAUGACGUACGCCUUCCACACCCCCGACAAGCUCUGCUUCAUCCUGGACCUCAUGAACGGGGGAGACCUGCACUACCACCUGUCUCAGCACGGUGUGUUCAGCGAGAAGGAGAUGCGUUUCUACGCCGCCGAAAUAAUCCUGGGCCUGGAGCACAUGCACAACCGCUUCGUGGUCUACAGAGACCUCAAGCCAGCUAAUAUCCUGUUGGAUGAACAUGGCCACGUUCGUAUCUCCGACCUGGGCCUGGCCUGCGACUUCUCCAAGAAGAAACCCCACGCCAGCGUGGGGACCCAUGGCUACAUGGCCCCGGAGGUUCUUCAGAAGGGGACGGCCUACGACAGCAGUGCCGACUGGUUCUCUUUAGGCUGCAUGCUCUUCAAACUCCUCCGAGGGCACAGUCCUUUCAGACAGCACAAGACCAAAGACAAACAUGAGAUUGACCGCAUGACGCUCACCAUGAAUGUGGAGCUGCCGGACUCGUUCACCGCGGAGCUCAAAGACCUGCUGGAGGGGCUGCUGCAGAGAGACGUAUCCAAGAGGCUCGGCUGUCAGGGCCGAGGAGCCCCAGAGGUGAAGGAGCAUCAGUUCUUCAAAGGCAUCGACUGGCAGCAGGUGUACCUCCAGAAGUACUCUCCUCCUUUAAUUCCUCCACGGGGGGAGGUGAACGCUGCGGACGCUUUCGACAUCGGCUCCUUUGACGAAGAGGACACCAAGGGCAUCAAGCUGCUGGACAGCGACCAGGAGCUGUACAAGAACUUCCCUCUGGUGAUCUCGGAGCGCUGGCAGCAGGAGGUAGCCGAGACGGUCUACGAGGCGGUCAACUCGGACACGGACAAGAACGAGGCGCGCAAGAGGGCCAAGAACAAGCAGCUGGGCCACGAGGAGGACUACGCCUUCGGAAAGGACUGCAUAAUGCACGGCUACAUGCUGAAGCUGGGGAACCCGUUCCUGACCCAGUGGCAGCGCCGGUACUUCUACCUGUUCCCCAACCGUGUGGAGUGGAGGGGAGAGGGCGAGUCACGGCAAAACCUGCUGACGAUGGAGCAGAUUGUGACCGUGGAGGAAACGCAGAUUAAAGACAAGAAGUGCAUCCUGCUGCGCAUCAAGGGAGGCAAGCAGUUUGUGCUGCAGUGUGAGAGUGAUCCGGAGUUCGUGCAGUGGAAGAAAGAGCUGACCGAGGCGUUCACAGAAGCCCAGAAGCUGCUGCGCCGAGCCCCCAAAGUCAUCGGGAAAGGCCGGGCCGGAGUGGUGGAGCUCUCCAAACCUCCGCUCACGCACCGCAAUAGCAAUGGCCUGUGAAUACGCACACAUUUACACACACGCACACACACAUUUACACACCUUUACACACACACACACAGCCACCCACCCUCAUAUCCUCAUCAGCUGCAGGAAAUUCACCCUAACAGCCCUCUCCGCAACACCUUGCAGUGUAUAAGGACCAUUCCCAGAAGCCUCUUAUUGCACGCACACACACAUGCACACACACACAUGCACACACACACACACUUAGAAACACACACACACACACACACACAUGCACGACGACCAAUCAUAAGCGCUACAUAGUUUUUGCGUCUGCCAUGGGACCUUGCCAGUGCACCGAGAGGAAGAAAGAGGUUUCGGGGAGGCCUCGGCGUGUGAAGGACCUCUGCAUGAAUGUGACGAGGACUAACGCCCGGUCCUCUCUGUCCCCCCCCCCCCUGUCUUUCUCUUUUCCUCCCCUCCCUCCCUCCCUUUCGCCUUUCUCUCUCUCUGUCUCUCCCCCGUCACCACCAUCACUCUGUUCGGACAGGAUGAAUCUGGAGAGGGGGGAAGCUCUUUAAUUUUUAUCUUUUUGGAUCUCUAUGAACCGGGACCCACAGUGGAGGCUUUCCUCUUCUCUCUGUCUCUCUCUCCCUCUCUCUCUCUCUGUCUCU